AGUGCAUGGUGCCCAGCGCCUCGGCUGCCUGUCAGGAGGACCUCGGGGCGGGGUCGGGCUGAGCCAGCUCCUUCCUCUCGACCCAGCCUCGUCAGAAGUCGCCCUCCGGGACUGCCGCGGGGGUCCCCGCUCCUCAGCCCGCCAUGUCCCGGCUGCUGCCGCUGCUGAGGAGCCGGACCGCGCGCAGCCUGAGACCGGGCCCGGCAGCCGCCGCCGCGCCCCGCCCGCCGUCCUGGUGCUGCUGUGGGCGGGGGCUGCUGGCGCUCGCGGCCCCCGGCGGCCCCCGGAGUCUGGGCACCCACCCCAAGAAGGAGCCCAUGGAGGCGCUGAACACGCCGCAGGGCGCGCGCGACUUCAUCUACAGCCUGCACUCCACCGAGAGGAGCUGCCUGCUCAAGGAGCUGCACCGCUUCGAGUCCAUUGCCAUCGCCCAAGCAUGCAGAUAUCCCAAACCCGAGAUUGUCAUUGCGAAGCGUGCAAAGGAGGUAUCGUCAGCAGAGACCCCUGAUAAUUUUGAAAAAUUGGAAGCUCCACCACCCACCCCAGGACAGCUGAGAUAUGCUUUUAAUCUAUUUCAGUCUGCCUUCAAUUCUCUCAAUAUGGAAUUCUCUUCUUUUCCAGUAUUCAUCCACAAUGCGAUACCUUUCAUAGGGUUUGGCUUUUUGGAUAAUGCAAUUAUGAUUGUUGCAGGAACCCAUAUCGAGUUAUCUAUUGGAAUUAUUUUGGGAAUUUCAACGAUGGCAGCUGCUGCUUUGGGAAAUCUUGUGUCAGAUUUAGCUGGACUUGGACUUGCGGGCUAUGUUGAAGCUUUGGCUUCCAGGUUAGGCCUGUCAAUUCCUGAUCUCACACCAAAGCAAGUUGACAUGUGGCAAACACGUGUUAGUACACAUUUGGGCAAAGCUGUUGGGGUGACUAUUGGCUGCAUUCUAGGAAUGUUUCCUUUGAUAUUCUUUGGAGGAGGUGAAGAAGAUGAAAAACUGGAAAAGCAAAAUUCAUCCUCUUAGAGUAACCAUAAAAAGAUGUAAACUAAUGUACCUCAGUUAUUAAAUAUGCUGUCACAACAUUUAGGAAUUAAGACAGUAACAGUGUAUAGAUAUGGGAUCAAAUAAUUCAGCAUGUGUUAUGGAAAACACUAACUUAUUGUGGCUUGGUCUUCUUAGGACAUCUUUUUAAAAAAACUCUUUAGUAUCAUUUUGUGUAAACUGUUGAGAUGCUUUUUUCAUCAAUGGCUUUCAACAAUUUUAUCUUUUCCUUUUUCUUAUAUAUCAAAAUAUUAUUUAAGUCUCAGUUGUUGAUGUACUGUACUGACUUGGGGUUUGCUUAUUUGUUACUUAACAUGUAUACAUGCAUGAAAGCUUUUUUUUUUUUUUCUGUUGUUCCUUGAUAGUUACAAUUCAACCUGAGGAUUUUUUCCAAAUUAUUUAAGAUGUUUAGUAUCAGUUAAAAAAUUUUUUUACUCUUUUUGGCAACAUCAAUUUUAUACUCUUUCACAGUAAACAUUUACAAUAUAUAAUUUCAGUCAUAUUCUUAACUCUCACAUCUAUUCAUAAUAAAUACAGGUUUUAAGUAUAUAUUACUCAUUUUAAUUUUCUGACCAUACUGUCUUAAGAGCCAGGGGUUAAACAGAGCAAUUACAUAGUCUCCCCUCUUUAAAAAUCACAUAUGCUAACAAGUGUACUUAUUUAUGUUUUUUUUACCUUUAAUUUACCAAUUUUCAAUAAUUACAUGAUGGGUUCUGACUCCUUAGGAGAAGAAAAUUAUUAUUUCACAGUCUUUUAAAAUAGGGAUUGUGGAAUCAGAGCCAACUAAGGAAUUUGACAUGACACUUUGAAAUUAAGAAGCUAAAAAAAUUUUUUUAGAGAAGUAGAAAAUAGAAAGGUUUGUGGUAUAAGUGGAGGUUGAUGUUGGAAGGUUAAUGAGAUACAAAUGAUAUUGCUUAAGAAGGAUUUCCACUCCCCACAAAGUAUUAUCUUCUCAUCUGAAUACCCCAUCCUCACAAUCCUAACCUUGUAUUUUGUGUAGUGAAUUUUAUUUCUGGAUAAUUUCUUUUGAAGUGAAAACUUAAUAUUUUAUAUUUUGUUUUUUAUUGUGCAGUCUAGUCAAAGUUACAUGAGGAACUCCCAUUUUUAGUAGCUUUUUUUUUCUUUUGUGGUGUUUAAAGCAUAUGCUUGCUUACUUCCAGUCUUAUAUAUCUGAUCUAAGUAUACCUAUGUCUGAAUCCCAAAUUUUAAUUUUUGAACCCUUUAAGUUUUUUGGUAUAUAGCUUGUUACAUGUGCUAAAAUUUAUACUUAUUUGUAACAGAAUAAUUAAGUACAUCAUGGAAGAGAGAAAAAUUAAAAUUUACUAUUUUGGUUUUGAAAUUAUGUUGCUAAAUAGAUGCAAAAAACAAACUUGUAGGAUGUCUAUAUUUAGGAAUCUUGUUUUGAAGUUUCAUUUGCACAUAAUUACUUUGAACUCUCAUUUUUAGGGAGAUUUUUUUUUUCACCAGAAAAUUUGUCAUAAAUUCUCUUUUGUGUACUUUACAAUGUUUUAGUGCUGCUCUCCAUUAAUCAUAGAUUUUAAGGGAAAAAGGAAAAUAUAUAAUAUAAAAAUAAGUAUGUAAAAUUCUUAUGCUCAAACAAUUUGAUCAAAUUAGUGUUAUACAACCUGAUAUCUUGAACAGAAUUAUCUUAAGGCUAUAAUACCAUAUCUCACAUGGACACAAAAAAGAAUUUUUUAAAAAAAUUUUAGAUUGCUAGGAUUAGAGUGUUUAUUUAAUUUUUUUGGUAAAUGUAUAAAUGCUCUUGUCUCUAAAUUAUAUAUUGAUUGCAGUCCUUUUUGUAAGUAUUUUAUAAUGGUACUUAGCUUUUCUUUUUAUUAAUUAAAUCCCAUAUUCAGAAAAUUGGCCUACAAGUUUAGAAAGGACUUUUGAUUAUUGAUUUCCUUAUUUUGCUCUUGAAAAUAAUCCAGCCCUGUUAUUAAUUUAAUCAUUAAUGGAAUCUGUCAAUUUAGUUAUAAAAUAAAUUUAAAAUUAUUUAAGUGAUCAAAACAUGGAAUAUAACCUUCACAUCAGAAGAUAUUUUAAUUUAUAGUCACAAUAAAAGUUUGAAUCAUUCAGGUGAAUGAUUUUCAAAAAAUGAAACCCUUUUACCCUUAAUUGAAGGUAUACAUAUUUUUCAAAGUCUUGUUCUGCUUUAAAGCAGUGAUUUCCACAAAGUGAUUUCUGAGAAAUGGUUCCCUUUAAGGUAAUACUCCAUGUGAUCCUUGUUUUCUUACUUGCCAUAAAGAAUCCUAUUUCUGAUUGAAACUGGAACUCUGUUUCUUGUGUUAGCUAUUUCUUUCUUAGAGCACUAGAGCUGUGGUUAAUGUACAUGAGCUGCUUGAGUACUGUCUGCUUGAAAUUUGUAUUGUCCCUGUAUUAUGAUUUAUUGGCUUGUUGAUGCAUGUGAACUGGGUGCAUUUUGUUGCACUGUAUGUUAAAUGGUGACCAAUGUUUUUACAAAGGAAUUGAACAAAAAAUAUCUUUUAAGAAAUUUGGAAUGUGGUUUGAUUUUAAAAUUCAAUUUUCUUUCUAACCCUAGAGGGCCUUGGUUAUUCUGUCACUAAAGGGAAUUGGAUUAAUAAAUGCAGAUUUGUUACAAGGUGGGAGUAACAUCACUGAGACAGUAAAUGCAACUGUUGACCACCUCUGAAAUUCAACUUGACAUAGAACCUUACAGAGUAGAAGAGAAGAGUGAUCCCAUAUAAAAGCUGCAAAGAGGUCGGACAAAUCACAGUGUUUGGGUGUUUACUACAGAGAUAUCCAAGCCAUUUAUUUAAUAAUGCCUGGUUUAUUUUAAUCUUUUUCUCUAGAAGGUAAAAAUUGAAGACAAUGAAAGUUUAUACUUUACACCAAAAUAUUGUAUAAACUAUUUGGAAGUAAACCUGAUUAAUUUUAAACUUUUUUUUCCUUCAGUGCUGAGGAUUAUACUGAGGGCCUCCCUCAUGUAGGCAAGCACUCUUAUCCCUGAGCUACACCUCCAGCACCUCAUUUUAAAAUUAUAUUUUCUUCCCAUUCAAAAACAGCAUAUCAAAGGUAAUACAUUCUUAGUGGCUUGUCAUCUUCUUCGUGGGCAUUAUUAUUGUGCUGUAGUGAAUUACCUUGGAAAUCUAGUUUUCAUGCUUUUCAUCCCCCCACUUUUUUUUUUCUGUUCUUGCUUUUGGCAACUGUUUUAUUUCUCCAGUCUGCUGCUUUUUCAGUUGCAUGAACUUAGUAGAUAGCAGUCUUAUCAUAAAUUAGUUGGGAAAUAGUAGAAAAUAGACUAUGGAGCCUCUGUGAAUGGUGGUAAUGAUAUUAACAACAGUAUUAGCUCCCUUUUAUUAAACACUCAUUUGUUGCUGUGUACCGAAGUAUUUUACACCUUACCACAUUUAAUCACUAUAAUAAUAAUAAUAUUGUUGAUGCUGUUACUAUCCCUAUAUUAUAGUGAGUAAAUUGAGGCAUGGAGAGGUUAUUUUGCUCUUGAUGUCACUAUUCUAAGUAGAUUGGAAUUCAGCCUUGUGUAGUGUAAAGUCUGUGUUCUUAACUACUUUGCUAAAGGAACAUCAGUUGCAAAGACUUUAUCACAUACAUUCUCUGUUUAAGUUUCUUAUUGCCUCCAGAUUCAAGGAUCAUUUUCUCGUCUAUGACCUAGGGAAAUUGUAUUUAUAAUCUCAAGAUUCAUUUAGCCAGUUCUGUGAUUUUGAUUGCUUACUGUGUGUUAGGAAUGGUCCAAGGCACUGAUAUCCCUACCUCCAUGAAAUUGAUUUUGUGGAGGGGCAAGAGGAAAAAGAAAAGCAAAUAUACACUUAAAUAUUUUAUUUAUGUCAGAUAAUGAUGAGUUCUGUGGUGAUGAAAGAAAUAAGGAGGGCAGAGGGUGGCAGUGGUCAGAAAUGGGGGUGGUCAGGGAAGACCUGAAAGAAGAAAGAACAUAAAUGGUACAGAUACCUGUGAAGAGAAGGAAUUGUGCGAAGUUCUGUAAGAUGGUGUUGAGAAAAUCUCAGACAUGUGAAUAUAUUUCACUUUGGAAUGCUUUGUUAAAUGUUUUCUUGUUUGUUUCAUAUUGCUGAUGUCUGAAUUAAGUCUAAAGAUUAAUACUUUUAUGUUAACAUUAGUACUCAUUGGAUAUUUACUAAUAGCAGAAGGAAAUGGUCCAGAAGCAUGAAGAAGUGAUGUUGAAAUCCAAAAAGUCUAUGGAUAAUUCAUCAGCAAAAUCCAGAGGGUUCGUUGUGUGAAACCCAACAGACCAUUUGUUUUUACCAAAGCAAUAAAUGCUAUUGGUGUAUGAGUUCUAACUCACACUGAAAUAAGUUUUUUCUUUUCUGGUUUUUAGAAAUGGAGUAGUAAUUAAAGCGGAGACAUGUACCAUUUCAGUUUUGAAGUGUCAGGAUUUUGCUUUCCUUGAUUUUCUAGUCUGGCUCACAAUUAUGUGAAACACAUGGUGUUUUGAAUUGAUAUUCAAAUGAAAUUUUAUAACAUCAAACUAUGAAUGCCAUUGAUAUGUUUACUUCAGUUUGUAAAUAAAAGAGUUUGAUCAAACCUUUUUCUGAGCAUGAAGAUUAAAAAGCUAGAGUAGGCAUGUAAGAGAUUACAUUGUAUAAGUAAAUGAAAUAGAGGGUGAUGACUGAAGAGUUAAAGGAACUCCUUUUUGGGAGAAGAUGAAGAAGAUUCUCAAAAAUAGUAGGAUCAAAUAGUUUUCUAUGAGAAUUGUGCAAUUCAGUCAAGACUUGGUUUUUGCUAAUAAUUUGAAAGCUAUACAUUUACAUAGUACUUUUCCAUUUAUAAAGCACUUACGUAGAUGUUAGCCAUAAAUGGGGUUUAAAAGAGGUAGUUAAGCCAACCCAACAAACUAGAGAUACUGUAAUUAGAAUGAAGGCUUUUUCCUUCUCACGUGCCAGCUCCCAGCACCACUGUUCUUUGCAGUGUCUCCGUCUUCUGUAUCUCUUUCGUAUAUGUGCCUUUCUUCUCUUCCCUUAUUUCCUCUGCUUUUCAACCUUAGACUUACGGGAACAGUUAUCAGUGCAUUUUUUUGUCCCAUGCUAUUAUCUUAAAAGCUUGUGAAUCAAGUAAUUUUUUCUUUUCCACCCCUAGUUAGGAGAACAAAUCUAAAUUAAUUUAGUUCAUUUUUCUAUUGUUAACAGCUUAAAUCGUUUUUUCUUUCAUAUUGACUCAGGUAAAGAGUUCUCAUUUCAUAAGAGGACAGAGACCUGACUGUGCCUUAAUGUCAGUUCUGUGGUUUGGAUAUGAGCUGUUCCCCCAAGAACUCCUGUUAAUGCAGGAAUAUUCAGAGGCGAAAUUGAUGAUGAGAGUUGUAACCUGACCAGUCCAUCCUAAUGUGAAUGGACUGACUGGGUGGUAAGUGUAGGCAGGUGGCGUGUGGCUGGAGGAGGUGGGUCACUGUGGGGGUGCCCUGGAAGCGGGUCUCUUCCCUGUGGUCUCUUUUUCCUCUUUCUGCUUCCCUGCUGCCAUGAGGUGAGCAGGGCUCCUCUGCAGGCCCUUCUGCGCAGUGUUCUGUCUCACCGCAGGCUAGAACAGUGGAGUCAACGAUCUCUGACUCAGCCUCUGAAGGCAUGAGCCCAAAUAAGCUUUUUCUCCUCUAAGUUGUUCUUGUCACAUGUUUUGGUCACAGUGACAAGAAGCUAAGUGACACAUCUGUCUUGCUCUCUUCUCUGUCUAAUGCUCUGUACAGUGCCUGGCACACAGUAGAUGGCUCAGUGGGUAUCUGUUUGAUGAGUGAUCAUUGCUACCCAAAUCACUGAUUUCUCUCCGUGCACUUGAAUUCUGGCUUGACUCUCAGCCAGUUCUGUGUCAGUACUAAAGAACUGCUUCCGGGUAAUGCUCUGUUCCACUUCUGAACUUUAUCACAUUUUACUUCAGGCAGAUUGGUUAAUCUGCUACUAGUUCUCUAGGCCAUUAUUUUACACAAAUAAUCAAAUGCUUAAUGGGAAAUACAGUAUGUACAUAACUUUUAAAACCAAUUGUCAGGAAAACAAAUAUUCCUUGGUUUGGUAUGUUUUAUUUUUAGUAAACUUGUUUUGGGAACUAACGGUCUCCACCUUACUUUCUGUUUAAUCUGUUUGAACGUUUUCUCUGAAGAUUAAUAUCAAAUGUAUUUGUCUGCAAUUUUUAGAAAUUUCCUGCUCCCUCUCUCUCAUCAUGUGGUCUUGUCUACCCACUCUGGGCUUCAUGCUUUCACUGCUCUCCUCAUGUUCUCUACGAGACCAACAAUCAUGUCUCAGAUCCAGUGUCAUAAACCAGAUUUCUAAGUUUUUUGCCCUAAAGACCCCUUAUCUUUUUUAAAAAAAAUUAGGCCCCAAGGAACUUUUGUGUCUGAGUGGUAUAUAAAUACUAGAAAUGAAAGCUGAUAAAUGACAAAAAUUCAUUUACUAAUUUAUAUUAAUAAGUAUUUUAUGAAAAUUAUUUUUCAUAGAAAAGUUUGGUGAGAAUAGCAUUAUUUUAUGUUUUUUGCAAAUGUCUUUAAUGUUUGCCUUAAUAGAAGACAACUAGAUUUCCAUAUCUGUUUCUGAAUUUGAUCUGUUUGAUAUGUUGUUUUCUGUGAAGUAAAUGAAAAUUCUGCCAUGUACAGAUAUGUGGUUGUAAAUGGGAGGAAUAUUUUAAUAGCUUUUUAGUAUGACUGAAUUUCUGUAGCCUCUAAAAGGUUAGUUGCCAUGGAGAAUCAGAGACCCUAUCCAUGAAAUUUUGCCUUGAGUUGCAUUAACAUCCAUUAUUGUUUUGUACUUUGUAACUUUUUCCUUGUGAAUUUUUGUAACAUUUUGAAACCACCAAUUCACUGGGUAUGCAGAUCUUCCCAAAGUUAAUACACUUCAGAAUAUAUAAAUUUUGAAA